GCGUGGGUUCGCUUCGGUGACACAAUUAAAACAACUUUUAUCUUCUCGGCCGAAACGCGUUCAAUUGAGGCAUAUUUACACUUUGGAUUAUUUGUUCAAGUACUAGCAAUUGAACCGCGGUUUAAUCUCGUUUUGGGAAGAAAAAUGUGACGUUUGAACAUCAGAUAGCGGAGCGCUGCUGUCCCCCGGAAAGGAUUUACUACAUCUAUUCGCAUCUUUUUAGGCGGAGAAAAAGUUUUUGAUCUUUUGUUUUUGUCCGGUUCCCUCUAUUUGAUUUGGUGGAGCAAGACAAUCGCCUCAGCUUUGGGAUUUUCCAUGCAAUCCUGCAGUGUGUCUGUCGCCGUUGCUGCCUGCGCUGCUGCUCGGAGUCUCGGCUCAGCUUCAGAUAGUGGUGAUGAGGAAAAGAAAAUGGCGGCGGGAAAAGCGAGUGAAACAGAGGAGGACUUUCCGACAUUGACAGCCCAGGAGAGGGACACUUUGGCCGGGAUUGACAGCUCACUCUUUGGAUUUCAGAAGCUUCAUGAAGAUGGCGCCAGAACGAAGGCCCUGUUGAUGAAGGCUGUCCGAUGCUACGAUUCACUCAUCCUCAAGGCGGAUGGCAAAGUUGAGCCAGAGGUGUUUUGCCAGCUAGGUCACUUCAACCUCCUCUUGGAGGAUUACCCAAAAGCAUUAUCAGCAUACCAGAGGUACUACGGUUUACAGUCAGACUACUGGAAGAAUGCUGCCUUUCUCUAUGGCCUGGGAAUGGUCUACUUCCACUACAAUGCCUUUCAGUGGGCAAUCAAAGCAUUCCAGGAAGUGUUGUAUAUUGAUCCGGGAUUCUCCCGUGCCAAGGAGAUCCACCUUCGACUGGGUCUCAUGUUCAAGGUCAACACAGACUACGAGUCGAGCCUAAAGCAUUUUCAGCUUGCUUUGAUUGACUCCAAUCCCUGCACUUUGUCCAAAACUGAAAUUCAGUUCCACAUUGCUCAUUUAUACGAGAUUCAGAAGAGAUAUCGUGCUGCCAAGGAAGCCUAUGAAAGCCUCCUGCAGACAGAGGAUCUUCCCGCACAGGUGAAAGCCACUACCCUGCAACAGCUUGGGUGGAUGCAUCACACAGUGGAGCAGCUUGGUGACAAAGCUAGUAGGGACAGCUAUGCCAUCCAGUGUCUGCAGAAAUCCCUGGAGGCAGAUCCCAACUCUGGACAGUCAUGGUACUUCCUGGGCAGGUGCUACUCUAGUAUUGGAAAGGUCCAGGAUGCCUUCAUCUCCUAUCGGCAGUCCAUCGAUAAAUCUGAGGCCAGCGCGGAUACCUGGUGCUCUAUUGGGGUGCUAUAUCAGCAGCAGAACCAGCCCAUGGAUGCACUGCAGGCCUACAUUUGUGCUGUGCAGCUGGACCACAGCCAUGCUGCCGCCUGGAUGGACCUGGGCACACUGUAUGAGUCGUGCAACCAACCGCAUGAUGCCAUCAAGUGCUACAUCAACGCUACACGCAGCAAGGCUUGCACCAAUGCCACCAUGUUGACCCAUCGAAUCAAAUGCCUACAGGCUCAGUUGAGUAACCCCCAGCUCAGUAGCCCACAGAGUAAAAGUAAAAUGCUCCCUCUUAUUGAGGAGGCAUGGAGUCUACCAAUCCCAGCGGAGCUCACCUCCAGGCAGGGAGGCCUGAGCAGUGCCCCACAGCAGGCCUGCAAACCCAACCGUGCGGCAGAGGGUAGCGGUGCAGGUCACUCUCUGCCUCCUCAUGUGGCUGCACUGGGCCAAGGAGAGGACCAGUCCUGCCCAGCCAAGAGGAAGCGAACGUCCAGCCCUGCCAAGGGAGAUUCCUGGGCUACUAAUCCAGUGCAGCAGCCUGUUCCCAACUGGUACCUCUCCCCACAGAAGUUGCAGUUGUUAGAACAACUACGGCGUAAUCGACCUAGCCUGAAGCCCUCACAGCUGCAGAUGUUGGAGCAGCUGGAUUCUCAGUUCACCAUGAUGCAGCAGCACCAGUUGCGACAAAAUGCGUCAGGAGGUCAGGUGCGGCCCUCCUUCCACAAUGGCCCAACUGCCAAUUCUCUCCCAUCCCCUAAUCCCAGCCUCCAUCCCACGCGGCCUCAUCUGGGAACUCAUCGGUCCCUCUGCCCCCCUCAACCCUUAACCAAUGGGCCUAUGGGUCCCGGGGCACACAGACACUCAGACUCUGUCUCCCUUCCUGUCGGUGAAAGCAACAGUAGAAGUAGUAAUAAUCAGCCGGGGCCUAUGGCCUCGGGGCCCAAUAGAGAUGUGCCUUACCUGCAACCUGCCGGCAGCGACGACUCAGCACUACCUCACACCUGCACAAGCACGCAAACACAGGACGCCACGCCACGCCCUCUGCACCUUAUCUCUUCUCAGGUGCCACAGAAACAGUCCGUUCCUCUUGUGAGCUCCAAUGCUGAGGGAGCCACCUCUCAUCUGCAUCCCCCCAACUCCAUUGCCCCCCAGCAGUCCAACAAUCAGGUUGGACAUUCCAACACUGCAACGCAACAGCCACAACACAACCACCUACCAUCCCCACCUUCUCUUCCCCCUUCCUCUACCUCAAGUAGGGCAGCACCAGGUGUGUCCACGACCAAAGAUGGCAACAUUACGGCCACCCUUGUCACCGCAUCCGCAUCCCUUGGUAACGGCCGUUCAGAGGGCAAGAUCCUGUUGCCACUGGGAUCAGCUGACGGUAAAGUGGCGCAGUCAGACAACCUAGCAUAUAGUCUCCACUUGGGGGAGGGCGACAAAGUUGCAGAAGGUGGUGAGAAGCAGAGCCUUAGCACAGACAAUCCAAGACUAUCUGCCCUGCUGGCAGGGGGGGCGGAGGGGAUUAAGGGAAAGACAGAAGGCAUUGUAUCUACGACAUCUCCCAACAAAGUCAACAACAUCCACCCUGCAGGCUUGCCCUCUACCCCCAACACACAGGGAAGCUCAGCUGCCUCCUCACCUGUCUCUGCCAUAUCCACCGCCACGCCCUCACCCAAAUCCUUAGAACACACCCAAAUAGGCGGCCAUAGUCCUGCCACAACCAUAACAACACCAGCUGUUAAUGGUAACAGCAAAGGGGGGAUCUCAGAGGACUCUCGGAGCCCACUGAAGGCAGAGCCACCCGUGGUCACUGGUCUCAAGGCCACGCCUCCGCAUGGCUCCUCUUCGUCAUCCUCAUCUUCUUCAUCAUCUGUAUCAAUCUACCCCAGCUCCACUGAUGUGCUGAAAGCCUGUAGAAACCUGGGCAAAAAUGGGCUUUCCAACAGCAGCAUUCUUCUUGACAAGUGCCCGCCACCACGGCUCCCCCCUCCUCCCAAGCCAGCCCUGCCCAAAGACAAGCUCAACCCACCGACCCCCAGCAUCUAUUUGGAGAACAAAAGAGAUGCUUUUUUCCCCCCACUGCACCAGUUCUGCACAAAUCCCUCCAAUCCUGUCACUGUCAUCAGAGGACUGGCUGGAGCACUCAAACUGGAUUUGGGCCUUUUCUCAACUAAGACAUUGGUUGAGGCCAACCCAGAGCACUUGGUAGAAGUGUGGACGCAGCUGUCACAACCUGCGGAUGAGAACUGGGAUGUGACGGGCACCAAGAAAAUGUGGCGCUGUGAAAGUGCUCGAGCACAUACAACCAUUGCCAAGUAUGCGCAGUAUCAGGCUGCUUCCUUCCAAGAGUCCUUACGGGAGGAAAAUGAAAAGAAGGCACUCAAAGAACCUUGUGACACAGAGCCUGUAGCAGAGAGUGUUGUGCGCAAAAGAAGGGGACCCUUAAAGCACAUCAAGUUUGGAACAAAUAUUGACGUUUCAGAUGAAAGGAAAUGGAAGCAACAGCUCCAGGAACUCAGUAAACUGCCAGCAUUCGCUCGUGUUGUAUCAGCAGGCAACUUGCUCAGCCACGUGGGCCACACCAUUCUGGGAAUGAACACUGUUCAGCUGUACAUGAAGGUCCCGGGAAGCCGGAUAGCGGGUCACCAGGAGUCCAACAACUUCUGCUCAGUCAACAUUAACAUUGGGCCUGGAGACUGUGAAUGGUUUGCUGUACCAGAGGCCUACUGGGGUGUAAUGAGCACCUUCUGCGAAAAAAACAAUAUUAACUUCCUGAUGGGCUCGUGGUGGCCAAAUCUGGAGGACCUGUAUGAAGCUGAUGUCCCAGUAUACCGCUUCAUCCAGCGCCCCGGUGAUCUAGUAUGGCUCAACACAGGCACCGUCCACUGGGUGCAGGCCAUUGGUUGGUGCAAUAACAUAGCCUGGAACGUUGGACCACUUACAGCCCAUCAAUACAAGUUGGCUGUAGAGCGUUAUGAGUGGAAUAAGCUCCAAAGCGUAAAAUCCAUGGUUCCCAUGGUGCACCUCUCCUGGAACAUGGCACGCAACAUAAAGGUUUCUGAUCACAAGUUGUUUGAGAUGAUCAAGUACUGUUUGCUGCGGACGCUGAAGCAGUGCCAGUGGGUGAAGGAAGCCUUAGCAACAGCUGGCAAAGAAACAGUGCUGAGAAACAGAACCAGAGACGAACCAGCCCACUACUGCACCAUCUGUGAGGUUGAGGUGUUCAACCUCUUAUUUGUGCGCCGUGAGCUCCUGUCUAAGAAGCAGUACGUGGUUCACUGCCAGGACUGUGCCCGUAAAGGCAGUGCCACGCUGGAUGACUUUGUGGUGCUGGAGCAACACAGGAUGGAGGACCUCAUGCAGGUCUACGACCAAUUUGCAUUAGCCCCUCCUCUUCAUUCAUCUUCAUCUUGACAUUAGGAGACCCAUUUCUUCUCCAGCGGAACCGUAAAGCCAAUUUAACUGAAAAUGCAUCCAUGUACACGGACCCCUUUCUGAUAUUCAGGAAAGCCAAGGCCGUCUCCACACCUUUGCCACCACCCCUUCCCACCCCGCAUGGCAGGUCUCCAUUGCGACGGCUGGAGGCUGAGGCUGCUGCGUGUCUGUCUAUGCAACCUAUUUGGCGCACAGGCCCCAACCAGAUGGGGACAGCACCAAGAUUGCUCACAGGACUGUUUCUCCCGCUACCCUCUCAACCCACUCUAUAAUGACAAUAGUUCAGUCUGUUUCAGUAGAGGACUUUAUCAAAAAUGCUUGGGAGCAGGAGAAUGAAGGGAUUGUCUCUGUGUGAUAAAAUGUUUUGUAGAUACUUAACUGUUGAUAACUGGCUAUACCACCCUUAAAAGACUACUGACUUGACCACCUUCUUGCCCUUUUCUCACUUUCUCUUCUGCAUAGAGGCUUUGACCUAUAAUUUUUAACAAUUUCCCCAAAUGUCUACAGUUUGUCCCCCCAAAGGUGCACUUCCCUGCUCUUGGUCUAUGCUAUUUUGAGGCUCAAUAUCCUCACAAAAAAUUGUAAUGUGACUGUUUUGGUUUUAUUCUUUCUCAGCUUUUUUUCUGUUUUGUUCUUUUCCAAACUUUUUUCUAAGGUAAGAAAAAAGCCUCGUAAAAAUUAUAUAUACUAGCCAAGUCACAAAGAAAAUGGGUUGCACAUAGACUUAUGAAAUAAAAUUUAAUUUGUGAUUGUUCUGUUUCUUAAUCUUGAUGUAAAUUUACACUAUUUAUAAAUACAUAUUUAUUGCUUGAAAAUAUUUGUGGAUGGAAUGCUGUUAUUUUUUUCCAGAAUACCUGCCAUUAAAUUUGAAGGGGUUUUGUCAUUUUAACAUAACUCCUCUUACAUUUUCUAUAUAUAAAUAAAAUUGCUUAGCAAGCAUUGUACAGAAACGGACAUUUAAAAUUGUUUUAUUGUUUGAAGAAUGUUUUAUGAGUCAAUAAACACAAAGUUGUCAAAUUA